AUGCCAGUAUCCGAUGACGAUGAAAACGUUCUGGCUGCCAUCCGUCAAGAUCACCUGGUUGGAUUUGUGGUGCAGAAACCUCGUGGGUUUUUCUCUGUGACCGGACACCUUGGGCUGGAGGACGAUGAUCUUGACCUAUAUCAGACCGAGAGAUUGUGGCUAACCCUGCAGGGUCAAGAUCCAGAAGUCUGGACUACCGAUGACAAUGCCAUCAAAAUUCCGCUCGCCUGGAGAAUCUUCUUUAUAGAUAGCUCUGCAAAGCAAACGCAUCUCUCGACUGUUGGACACGAUUUCGAAGUCAACUUCGUUCUCUCGCGUUCUUAUGGUGUCAUCUUCGACGACCAGAACCAGGAGAGGCACUACUUGCCUUUGAUCAGGCGUGAUCAUAGAGUCACUGCAGUGUAUCCAGCGCGUGAAAGACAAGGCAUCUUCUACGAUGAGGUCGAGGGUGAAUAUCCAAAAUCGUACAACGCGGAUGAUAUUGUUAUUCAUGAGGUCAGAACUUCACCAUCAUAG